AAUUAUUCUGUUGUCUUACAUGGGAAAGCCGUCCGUCUACCGGCCCGGGGAAAUGGUUUUCAAUACUGUCCCAGAAGAGUGCUUAGUUAUGGAAAGACUGCAGGAUAAUCCUGGGCAAGAAAUGGUCAAACCUGAUUGGCAAUGGCAGACAUUAAAGUUUUGGAUUUCUCAUGGAACUGGUCAGUAGUCAUCUCCUUCCGUUAUCUUUCAAGAACGUUAGCAUAUAUUUUAAUCCUCAGAUGUCUAGAGGAGAUAUUGAUCAAUCCAAACAGAAGACGGCGUUUGAUUUGUCUUAUUCUGAACAUCAUUGACCAUUUCAUAGUUAGAAUAGAAUGCAAAAUCUACGCCUGCAUUGAUCUGCAAAAUAAGAUGCCAAAGAUUCUCCUGCACCUGGAGACCAUGUCAAAGAAAGAAUUCCCCAUCUCAUCGACAUUUAAUGGAACCAUGAUCAUCCAUCCUUGUAUAAAUACGUGCCUUACCAGCAGCAUUGAUCGAAACAUCAUAACAAGUUCUUCUAUAUCGUUAGUAAUUAACUGUUCUUCGGCUUCAACUUGAAAUGGCGAAGCUUGGUCUUUUAUCUAGUAUAAUUGCUCUUACUUUCUGCUGCAUUGUCUUUGCAUACGAACCGAGCCCUUUGCAAGAUUUUUGUGUGGCUGAUGCCUCAAGCUCAGCAAAAGUGAAUGGACUGCCCUGCAAGAGCCCUGCAUCAGUACAGGCCGAUGAUUUCUCCUUCGCCGGGCUACACUGGCCCGGAAACACAAAGAACCCUGUAGGUUCGGCAGUCACUCCAGUGACCGUUGCGCAGGUUCCAGGGCUGAACACACUCGGCCUGUCGUUGGCCCGUAUAGAUUAUGCCCCUAUGGGAGUCAUCCCCCCUCACCUGCACCCAAGAGCUACUGAAAUCUUGAUACUUCUUGAAGGCAGUCUUGAAGUGGGCUUUGUGACAUCAAAUCCCGACAACCGUCUCAUCUCAAAAACGCUGCAGAAGGGCGAUGUCUUCGUGUUCCCUGUGGGACUCAUCCAUUUCCAGCGCAAUGUAGGGAAUGGAUAUGCCAUUUCAUUGUCUGGAUUGAGCAGCCAGAACCCUGGAGUGAUAACUGUCACAAACGCAGUUUUCGGGUCGAAACCGGACAUUAGCAGUGACGUCCUUGCCAAGGCAUUCCAGGUGGAUAAGGCCAUUGUGGAUCAGCUCCAGGCCAAGUUCUAGAUGAUCAAAAUUUAUCUGUAGCUGUUCACCAUUUCAGCCUAUCUGUUUCCACUUCUAAUUCUGAUUUUGAAUGCCAAGUGUUGAAUGAAUUAUUUCA